AUGUCUUCUUUCAAGCAUAACCACUCAUUGAGCCCAAUUCUGGCAGUGGAAUUUUACCAUGCUUCUACUGGUAAAUUGUUAAUCCUUGCGGCUGAGGGUUCUUUUUUAAAGAUUUAUGAUGCCAAAACUUCCAGCCAGAUUGGUCAAUGUAGAGUCUUUGACUCGCAGGCGAUUCACGGUAUCAUUAUUAGAGAAUUGAAUAAUGAUUCCACAGACGAUUUACAGGUAGUUAUUUGGGGUGGCCAAUGUUUGACCUUAAUCCGCAAAUCGCAAAUUGAGGAAAUCAUAUCUCAACAUGUGACCAGUAUCACGGAAACUGCAACAUCAGCCAGUGACUGGGUUCUCAGUGUUGCUUUUUGUCCUUGGGAAAAUGAUGGCUGUGUCAUGGUCACUGCUCACAAUGCAAUGGUUCAAGCAACGCUAUCAAAAGAAGACAGAAUCAUAAGAUUGCGUCAACUACAACCUUCUUCGCGAUCUAUGUUGUACUCUGCAAGUCUCGUUUGCGAGAAUCAAGAUACUGUCAUAGUUGCAGCAGGAACUAUCUUUGGCGAGGUCAUUGUUUGGAAAUGUGUUGCUGCUGAAGAUAACUCUACAUUCCACAAUGAAGCCCUCUUUGUUUUCACUGGUCACGAGGGUUCCAUUUUUGGAGUGGAUAUAUCUCCACCGAUCAUGGGCCGUGAUGGAAAGACCACACGAUUGCUAGCGAGCUGCAGCGACGAUCGUACAAUACGGAUAUGGAAUCUUGCGGAGGGCUCGCAAAAUGAUGCAGAUACUAUGAAGCUAGCUGCUGACUUACUGCCAAGAGAGACAGGCUUUGAGAGACAGCAAAACCCCAGCAAGACUCCAAUGGCUUCAACCGAUGUAUUGCGCUCAAAUAAUCUUGCUAAGUUAACACAUAUCAAGACAUUUGCAUUCCAUACUGGAAAGCACAUUUGGUCAGCAGCUAUUACUCAAAUAGAAAACAAUCAGAAUUUACUUGUCACUGGUGGAGCAGAUGGAAAGAUCUCAACAUAUUGUUUUGAAGAGGAGAGAAAAACAAAUCCAACUCCUAUCGACGGAUCGAGCAAUAAUGCCGUGGAAGACUCUGCAAUGGACAAUUUUGUCGAAGGCUCAUAUUACUCGGUAGCUUUCGAGCUCGAAGAUGUGUUGAAAUCUCUUACUAACGUUGAAACUUGUUCCAAUCAGGAACAUGAGCAAGAGUCCGUCGUAUCGAAGAAGAACAAGAAGGCGCCCAAAGAUGCUUUUAACCGCUAUGCAUUCGUAUCCGAAAGUGAUUUCCUGAUUACGACAACAUUUGGAAGAAUUCUCAAGGCCACUGUUAGAAAUCCGGUUAAGUUCGAAGAAAUUUUUCUACCCGAAUCCAGUACUCAAGACCUCAAGUCAUAUUCUAUUUUGAAAGGAAACUCAAAUCUGGGAUUAUGUGUCUUGGCGGGCACUACAGGGAAGAUAUUCUUGUAUCAACCAGGACUGCCCAUUGUUCGAAUAGGACAAGUUGAGCGAAAACCAUCGGAUGUUUUCAUCGUCCCAGGGAACGAUAAUAAAUCAGUUGAAUUGUUGGUUACAUUGUUAGGGAGUCAAGAACUGACAAUAUUGUCUUUUGACCUGGAAUCUUCUGGGUCACAACCUAUUAUCGACAGAAGGACUCUCUCGUUACCCCCGAAAUUUAUAGUCACAGGUGCUGGUACAUGUAACGGCAAUCUUAUCAUUGGCUCUAGAGAAGGCCAAAUCGCGGUACAGGACACCAACAUAAAUACGAUGAGCACCUGGAACUCGCCUGGCAAAAAAGAUGCUAUUACUUCCAUUGUUGCUAUACCCAAGACCGAUUCUCAGCAAAUCACAAGUUAUUUCGCAAUCACAAGUCGGGAUGGGUUAUAUGCCAUAUUUUCAUACAACAAUCAAGCUACGCCAAAAAUUUCGCGCGUACAUUCUGCUGCACCACCAUUUGGACCCAUGAUUGAAGCUUGUUGGUUUCAAGGUUCUGAUUUAAUUCUAUAUGGAUUUAAAAGCAAGAGUCUCAUCGUAUGGAACGAGACGAAACAGUCUGAGAUUGUGCGUAUUGAUUGCGGAGGUGCACAUCGAGCUCAUGCUUAUUCUCCAUUCGAGGGAGUGCAAGGAGGUGGUAGUGGUCAUUUGAUAUAUACAAAAGCAUCACAACUAUUCCUUCAUUCCCAAAAAGUUCCUUCUCAUCGCACCAUUAAAUCCGGUGGCCACGGGCGAGAAAUAAAAACCUGUGCAAUAGGAGGCUCUCCCCAAAUGAUAGCAACCGGUGCUGAAGACACAAAUAUCAGAAUCUGGCGUUACGAAAACAACCAUAUUCAAACCCAGGAUCAAACCCUCACCUGUCUCUCCACAAUCCAAAAACACACAGCAGGUCUCCAACAUCUUCACUGGCACAACUCGCACUAUCUCUUCAGCAGCGGCGGCGUCGAAGAAUUCUACAUCUGGCGCAUCCAAUCCAUCCCUGGCUUCGGUCUCGGAGUCAUAUGCGAAGCUUCUUGUCCCGAUCCUACUGCCGAACAGGAUCUACGCAUUAUGUCUUUUGACGUAUCUGAUCUUCCUGGAAGUGAUCACGAAGAAAUGAUCAUCACGCUUGCGUAUUCAGAUUCGACCAUGCGCACAUAUCUCUACUCGAGAAUCGGCGGAUGGAAAUUACUGCUUAGGGGUCAAUAUACAUCUGCAUGUUUAAUGCAAAUAGGCCAUCUACACAUCUCUCGCUCGGAACUCACGUUCCUAACUGCGGCUACGGAUGGAAGUCUCUGUAUCUGGAGCGCUCCUCUCGAUCUCUCCCAUCAACCUCAAGACCCUGCAGAAAUUCCAACCUCCCUCCCACAAAUCUCCAAACCCAUCCUCAUCUCCCACACCAAGACCCAUCAAAACGCCAUCAAAACCCUCGCCUUCAAAUAUGUCUCCGCUGCAUAUCUCGUCGUCAUCACCGGCGGCGACGAUAACGCAAUCGGUAUAACACUGUAUCCCAUCUCCAUCUCCUCUCCUGGCCUCAACACAAAUCCCCAUACUUUCCAGAACCCCAUCACCAUACUCCUCCCCGAUGCACACGCAGCCGCUGUUACAGGCUUAGUAUUUAUCCCUCAUCCUCAUCUUUGUUCUGCAGAUACUGCAGAGGAGAAGAAAGAGGAUAUGUAUAUCGUAUCUUCUAGUACCGAUCAGCGGGUCAAGACGUGGCGGGUUGGGAUCUCUCGUUCCUUUACAGCUAUAUCUACAGCUACAUCUACAUCCACAGGUGCAAGAGAAGAAGAGACAUGUCCGGUAGACAUCGAGAUGAUUGGGGAUGAAUUUACGGCGGUGAGUGAUAUUGGGGAUGUGGGAUUAAUUCCUGGGGUUGAUGGGAAUGGGAAUGAGACGAAAGCGAUUAUUGUAGGGAAUGGAAUGGAGAUAUGGGGGUUAGGAGAGACGAAGUAG